GGGGUGCCCGACGCAGACGCAGAGAUCAGCUUGACCCGGAGGAGAAGUGAAUCGGCCAUUUUGGGCAGAAGGGGGCUUUCAGUCACCACGUGAGAUAGGAGAGCCCGAAAGGGAGCGAUCGAGCCAGAGCGAAGACUCGGAGAACAAGGGGAGAGAGAGGGAGAGAGAGACUUACAUAGUGGUAAUUCACAUGUGCUGAGCUAAAGGAAAUAUUGUGACCCGAACAAUGCCGACAGUCACUUUGCCGCCUAAGGAGAACGCUCUCUUUAAGAGGAUUUUGAGAUGCUACGAACACAAGCAGUACAGAAAUGGGCUGAAAUUCUGCAAACAGAUCCUCUCCAACCCCAAGUUUGCCGAGCAUGGAGAAACGCUGGCCAUGAAGGGGCUGACCCUGAACUGCCUGGGGAAGAAGGAGGAGGCCUAUGACCUGGUCCGGCGAGGCCUUCGCAACGACCUCAAGAGUCACGUCUGCUGGCACGUCUACGGCCUGCUGCAGAGGUCGGACAAGAAGUACGACGAGGCCAUCAAAUGCUACAGAAACGCACUGAAGUGGGACAAAGACAAUCUGCAGAUCCUGAGAGACCUCUCCCUCCUACAGAUCCAGAUGCGGGACCUAGAGGGGUACAGGGAGACUCGUUACCAGCUGCUGCAGCUGAGGCCGGCCCAGAGAGCCUCGUGGAUCGGCUACGCAAUAGCAUACCACCUCCUGGAGGACUACGAGAUGGCUGCAAAGAUCAUAGAAGAGUUCAGGAAAACGCAGCAGACUUCUCCAGACAAAGUGGACUAUGAGUACAGCGAGCUGCUGCUCUACCAGAACCAGGUUCUCAGAGAAGCCGGCCUUUACAAAGAAGCGCUGGAGCACCUCAUCACUUACGAGAAGCAGAUCUGCGACAAGCUGGCGGUGGAGGAGACACGAGGGGAGCUGUUCCUGAAGCUGGAGCGUUUGGACGAGGCCACAGAGGUGUACCACCGCCUGCAGGAGCGCAACCCGGAGAACUGGUCCUACUACCACGGCCUGGAAAACGCCCUCAAGCCCGCCAGCGUGGAGGAAAGGCAGACGAUCUACGAGGAGGCGUGGGUCCAGUAUCCCAAAGGCCUGGUCCCCCGUCGGCUUCCCCUCAACUUCCUGUCAGGUGAAAAAUUCCGCGAGUGUCUGGAUAAGUAUUUAAGAAUGAACUUCAGCAAAGGCUGCCCGCCCGUCUUCACCACGCUCAAGUCCCUGUACCACGACAAGGAGAAGGUGUCCAUAAUCGAAGAGUUAGUAGUGGGCUAUGAAACGUCUUUAAACGUCUGCCGAAUGUUCAAUCAAAACGACGACGGGAAGGAGGAGCCGCCCACCACGCUGCUCUGGGUGCAGUACUUCCUGGCGCAGCACUACGACCAGAUCGGGCAGCAGACGCUGGCGCUGGAGUACAUCAACACCGCCAUCGAGAGCACGCCCACCCUCAUCGAGCUCUUCCUCAUCAAAGCCAAAAUAUACAAGCACGCGGGGAACAUCAAAGAGGCGGCGCGGUGGAUGGACGAGGCCCAGGCGCUGGACACGGCCGACCGCUUCAUCAACUCCAAGUGCGCCAAGUACAUGCUGAAGGCGGGCAUGGUGAAGGAGGCCGAGGACAUGUGCUCCAAGUUCACCCGGGAGGGGGCGUCGGCGGUGGAGAACCUGAAUGAGAUGCAGUGCAUGUGGUUCCAGACGGAGUGCGCGCUGGCGUACAAGUCCAUGAACAAGUACGGGGACGCGCUGAAGAAGUGCCACGAGAUCGAGAGGCAUUUUGUGGAGAUCACGGACGACCAGUUUGACUUCCACACAUACUGCAUGAGGAAGAUGACGCUGCGCUCCUACGUGGACCUGCUCAAGCUGGAGGACGUGCUGCGCAUGCACCCCUUCUACUACAAGGCGUCCCGGACCGCCAUCGAGAUCUACCUCGCUCUCCACGACAACCCGCUGACCAAUGAGAACAAGGAGCUGGAGGCCGACACGGCGAACCUCUCGGACAAAGAGCUGAAGAAGCUGAGGAACAAGCAGAGGCGAGCGCAGAAGAAGGCCCAGCUGGAGGAGGAGAAGAAGAACGCCGAGAAGGAGAAGCAGCUGAAGAACCAGAAGAAGAAGAAGGAGGACGACGACGAGGAGAUCGGCGGGCCCAAGGAAGAGCUCGUCCCCGAGAAACUCGCCAAGGUAGAAAAUCCACUGGAAGAAGCCGUCAAGUUCUUGACUCCCUUGAAAAACCUCGUGAAAAACAAGAUAGACACUCAUCUCCUGGCAUUUGAGAUCUACUUUAGAAAAGAGAAGUUCCUGCUGAUGUUGCAGUCGGUGAAGAGGGCUUUCUCCAUCGACCCAGACCACCCCUGGCUCCACCAGUGUCUAGUGCGCUUCUUCAAAGGAGUGUCGGAGAGCAAGGACCUCCCGGAGGCCGUGCGCACCGUUCUGAAGCAGGAGAUCUCCCGCCUCUUCGGCGAGAGCGACGCCAAGAGCUUCAACGAGGUCUUCCUCAGCAAGCACUCCGACUCCAUCCCUCACAGAGUUGCAGCUGCCAGAAUGAUGUUCUACCUGGACCCCAGCACGGAGAAGAAGGCCAUGGAGCUCGCCACCUCACUGGACGAGUCCCUCAACAACAGGAGCAUUCAGAUCUGCACGGAAGUGUUGGCGAGCCUGCGUGACGGCGCCCUUGGCGACGGGCAGCCGAUGGUGGAGGCGUACCGCGCAGAGUGUCAGAAGCUCUUCCCCUACACGCUGGCCUUCAUGCCCCCCGGCCACGAGGAGAACAUGAAGAUCACCGUCAACGGCGACGCGUCCGGCGAGCCCGAGGAGCUGGCCAAUGACAUGUGAGGGAGCCGGGGCGGGGGAGGAGGGGAGAGCAGCAGCGAGAGACUCGCCGAGCCCGCCGCCGGGGCUCUCCCUGGCGCCCCCUGCUGGUCUCCUGAGGUCCGGACUGAAUAACGAUGGCAUUGUAUUUGAGAAGAGAGAGAUGGUUUAAAAAAAAAAAAAAGAGAGAAGAGAAUAAAAAUGGCCAUUUUACGUUUUUUAAUCUUGCUGAUGACUACUCUCUAACUGAAAAUAAACAGUAAACACUCAAAAAAAAAAGAAAAACAAAAAGAGGGCAAGUCUCUGGAGACUGAACGAACAGCAGCGGGUAGCUCUGGAGGAGGCGCAGUAGCAGAGCAGUUAAGUGUAAACCACGUUCUCUCUACUUCCCGUGUUUUUAAAAGUAAUUUAUAAAAAAUAAAAAUAUGAAAGUGAUAAAUAGAGGCGAGGACACACCGCGGGAGGGUGGGGUGUGGGGGAGGGUUUGGUGUGUGCCAAAAACCACUCCUUGAAAGAAAAAAAAAAACGUUAAAAAAAGAGAAGGGGAUUGUGGGAAGGAGGAGGUCCCUGCAGUUUGGCGCUUGGUUCGAACCCUGAGCACAAGGAGAGGAGCGCGGUGGCGGGGGGGGGGGGGGGGGGGGGGUUGUGGUCCAGUCUGUCGGCCUGCUGUUCCAAUGGCAGAGCCCGACACACGGUUAACGGGAGCCAAGAAAGACUUCCCCUCCCCCCCUCUGAGGUAGGGGUCAAGAAAGACGCAGUAUGAAUGGCAAAUGCUGUUUGCUUUUUUUUUUUUUCUCUUUCUCCUGAUGGGUUGCCAUGUAAAAAUUGAAUUUGGUGAUGUACAAAGCAGUAUCUUUCUGGAAAAAAAAAAACAGUUAUUCCUCCCCAACACCGGUAUGGCUGUACAUUACAGUUUCCUUUUCUCUGUCUUAACUUGAAUGAGAGAAGUGUUUUUGUUUUUAGUUUUUUUUUGUUUUGUUUUUGGUUUGUUUAUUUGUUUGGGAAAUGUUAAUAGUCCAGACAUGAUAUAUAACAGUUUCUAAAAAUAAAGCAGGCAUUUGUCAGUCA